AUGAGCGAGGAAGAGCAGAAUAACGGCUCGCUGUCUGUCAGGAAACCGUCUCGUAUGCCGAAGUGCUCUCGCUGCAGGAACCACGGCUUCGUGUCGCCGCUGAAGGGCCACAAACGCUUCUGCAACUGGAGAGACUGCCAGUGUCAGAAAUGCAGACUUAUCGCUGAACGACAGCGGGUCAUGGCAGCCCAGGUGGCGUUACGGAGGCAGCAGGCCCAGGAGGAAGAGCUGGGCAUUUGCAAUCCGGUUAACCUGUCCGGUUCAGACACUCUGGUGAAAAACGAGGCCGCCGGUGAUAAUGUGUUUACUAUCAUCUCAGAACCGCCAUCACCCACCGCCAGCAGUGCUACCGCCUCUCCCACCAACCUAGGGAGCCGUUCCAUGCUGGCUGUAAGUCCUGCAGCGGCCAGCAGAGGGCACACUGACGGCACGUCUGACCUGAUGGUGGAUGCCUCCUAUUACAACCUCUACCAGCCCACACCAUACUCAUCCUACUAUAGCAACUUGUACAACUACCAGCAAUACCAGAAUCACAUCCCUUUGAAUCAGAUGCCCAGUGGAAAUGGUCGCCAUAACGUGUCCCCCCAGUACCGAACACACUCCUACUAUUCAUCUUACCUGAGUCAGGGGCUCGGCACAACUGCAUGUGUGCCACCCAGCACCUGCCCUGAACCCAAAGCAGCAGUUUUCUCUAAUGGAGCUCAAGACGCAGUGUCCAUCAGCUCAAUGAUCAACCCUGAGAACAAGCUGGAGUGUGAGAGCAGCUCAGAGUCUGGAACCUUCUCUGUCGACUCCAUCGUCGAGGGGCCAACCAAAUGAAAAACCCUCAUCUGCACCAAUCUCCCAUCUAAUUGAAUUGUUUCUGUAUUUUAGCUAAAAGUAUUAUGAUUUUGAAAGCA